CCCGGCCGAUGUCCGACGAUGCGACGCCAUUUAUAUGGUAUCCCGCCAGUCAUGGUACCUGUGCACCACCCUCUCGCUCUCGCACCACAUGUCAAGACACAGCAGGCUGUCCACGCUUGCAACAUGCAUGGCACACACCAGGAUCCUUCGUGAGAAAUCCUGCCAGGACUCUGGGCUGGACAUGACCGGUCACCAGGCUGGCUGUUCCCCCUCGCCAUAGUCCAGCCGAAACCUAGUCCGCGAAAAAGAGAGGCCGUCCAUCCCUCAUACAGCUACGCUAUUCUCUACUACGGCCAACCAUGUCUAUAAAGGUGCCCGGGACGAGCUGCGCGAUGACUGCCGCUGCGAUCAUGACCGUAUGACGCGGUCCUCCGCGGACAGCGCGAACAGUUCGCCCUCACCACACAGAUCAGACGCUUGCCCGCUCAAACGGCCAGGAUGAGCUCGAUUGCAAGUGCAACUGGCCACUCGGCCGAGCAGCAGCAGCAGCAGCCGCCAUCGCCACUUCAACAAGGCAGCCUGGCCAGCAGCUGCAGUGGAAGCAGCGUAGGCAGCAUCUCCAGCAGCCAAGGCGAUGGUCGCAACUCGCGCAAGGCGAGUUCCAGCCAGCUGCAGCAGUCAGCCCUGUCUCCCAUUAAUUCCGACAUCCGGAGGCGUUCUGUGCAUAGAAAACAUCCCGAGAAAGCGGGCAUGGCAGCAAUAGCGACCGCCGCGGAGAGACCGAGCCAUAUGUCACAAGAAAGCUUGCAGGCCACAGCCGCUCCACUGCCAAUGAGCAGUUCUACGAUGCUUCCACCACGACUGGAGGCUCGCACAGCAUCGUCGAACAACAGCUCAGAGACGUUGCAGCGGCAGCAUCCCCCAGAACGUGACCACAGCGAGGCAAAACAUACGUUUGAUGCCGCAGAACAAGCAGAUGUGCCGCCAACGUCCCUCUUUCCGUGGACCGCACCUCUACCGCACCAGCAUCAACCACCACGAUCACCAAAGGGGAGAGCAGAGCGCCACUUUCCUCUGCGGAUACAGCGGCCGCCCUCCCACAUCUCGUUGCUCGCAGACUAUAGCAUGGCCGCUCCGGUGCCCAGCAGCCCCGGCUCGGCGCGUCUCCCUCCUGCAUCGGCGUCGUGGCCCACCUCCUCACCCGGCUCCGGCGAGCCGCGAGGCAGGCAGCCGUCCUCGGCGCCCUCGCAUCGCAACGCGCCUUCGCUGGAACGGCACGAUGGCGCCGCACAGCCCUCCACAGCCGCUUCAUCCACCGAUCAGGCGUACACGUCGCACAUGCAACUGCAGCAACAACAGCAUUUGCUGCUGCAGCUUCCGCACGGGCUCAGGAGCCCACCUGCAGCAGGAGCCGGGAGGGGAGGAGGCGAAGUAUCAGCAGCAUCGGCGCACCAGUCCUUUACCAGCCCACAGGAAGCGUCAUUGGCCGACUCGUACACGACAGACUACUCGCACAGCAGCGCAGUGUCCGGCGCGCCGCCCUCGCGCGCUGCAUCGUCGCUCGGUGGCAUCGACGCCGACAUCAGCAGUGUUGGAACCGGCAGCGCGCGCAGCGACCUCAGCGGUGGUGGAAGCCCGCUGCCCGAGGUAGAGAGGAGCGGCCUGGGAGCCGGCGAUGGCGAUGGUGAAGGUGCGAACGCUUGUGCUGCCGCUGGCUUUGCUCGUGGCGACGACGAUCCAAGGUCAGGUUCGAUGCGUGAGUCCGUUGGUGACAGCAACAGCGUCCGGCCCUCUGCGGGCCCGGUGCGCAGCAGUAGCAGUAGCAGGAGCAGCCAUUUUUUCUUGGGGCACCACAGCCUGCACGACGAGCACGAUCACAACCACGGUCACGAGCCAUACGGAGGACCCCUUACGGGUCUGUCGGCCUCGACACCGCUCACAGGUAGCACAGGCAUCAGCCAGCUGUCGCUCAUGCAUGCGCUGCCGCCCUGGGCGGCGGCGCACAACAGGAUGACUCGCAACGGGCACGAAAGCAGUCGCGGUGGUAGUGAUGGCGGCAGCAGGAGCAGCAUUCAUGCAAGCGCGGCGGACGCAGCGCUUGCAACGGGCACGGGCGGAAGCGGCGGCUUACUUGCUUCAUCUUUCAGCCGACGCGCGACAGUGGAAAGCAGCGACUCGCCCAUGUCGGACGCAACGAGCGCGAACGACCUGAACGACAGCGACCAAGCGGGAGGAGCGCGAUCGCAGGCGGCUGCUCCAUGGCGGAAGCAGCCUGUACAGGGCGUCAGGGGCUCCCUUACUCGGUUCUCCAUCGGACACGGACAGGAAGCAUCAGCACCUAUGCGCGCUGCGACACAGACACCUGUCCAGCAGCAACAGCCGCUGCCGCCCGGGAUGCGGUGCCGCGCUGAAGCGAUCGAGCCGUGGCAGCUCUUCGCCCGUCUCGAGCGGUGCUACGGGCCGCAGCGCCAGGAAAUGGGGGCGCAUGGAAAGGCAUGGAUGCACCCUGCUACGAUGGGCAACUCGUGAGUACCCUGCAAACCAUGGCUGCACAUGCUGGCGUCGCCCUUUCUUUUAUUUCCCGCCCUCGUUCUACGCGGUCUUGGUCGCUGACUGCGGACUCUCACAUUACACUCUUUGCGAUCUUUCCGUGAACAUGGAUUCCACUUUUCCAUGUUGGCUUGUACUGAUGGCCCGGUCCUACGAUAUCCCCGGCGC